CAUAGAGCAGUUGGUGGAAAUGCUCUGCUACAAUUUCGGCCGCUUCUUCGGGUUGUGCGAUGGUGUCGUCUUGUUUUUUGAUGACGGUGGUUGCAGGUUUGUCUCUUGUCAACUCUUUCACCGCUUGGUACAUUUGUGCGGUGUUCUUGAGGGAUUCGAUCUCGGCUGUUUUCUCCUCAAUCUCCUUCUCAGUGAGCUGCUUGAGGUGCUUAUGGAGUUGGUUAAGUACCUUGUUGCGUUGUGUUUUGAGCUGUUGGCGUUGUGCGUCCGUCGCAUUGUUCAUUGCGAUUCUCAGCUCUUUUUGUUGUUGAGAGAGUCCCUGCACUGUUGGGCAUGAACUCUUUACUCCUUGUUUUUCGACUGUACCUACCGCUGCUGUUGCCACACUGAUCAGUGAGCUUCGGGUCUCGCACCACUUGUCGAAGGUUGUCGCUGUUGUGCUGUUAAUCUUGUGGAGUGCUGAGUCGAGCUCGGUCUGAAAUCGGUGUCGAUCUGUCGCGUUGUUGGCUAGGCGUGGUACGUCGAUUUUCACCGAUUUGGCAUUUGUGCCUUGCCUUCUCAAGAAGUUUGGUUUGAUCACAGUGGUGGUGAUGACUAGCCGGUGGUCUGUGAAGACGGUUGUGCCCGAGUAGCUGCGCGCGUUUGUAGUGAGGUACUUAACAUAAUACAUAUGAUUCAUAGAUGAAAUUGAACAUAAAAAUGAAUAGAAAUAUUCUUAAGCAGUAUCCAUAACAAUAAUAUUUUCUCGUAUUUUUUAACUAUGAUGAUAAUAAUAGUAGAAAAUAUUUUUUAUACAUCAUCUCGUAUAAUGUUUAGUUGAUAAUAAGCAAAAAACAAAAAAAAAAAAAAUUGAGAUAUUAAUCAAAACAUAUUGACAUUUUUUAAGUGGCAAUGUGCUUCUCGUUUUUUGUAAUUUUUCUACAUCGAUGUCUAUUUUACUUUCCCAUUUUUUUUUUGUUUUUUUUCUAUUGUUUGUGUGAACUGUUAAACGUUAGGAGAAAAGUUAUCUUCUGUCAAUUUUUAGCCUUCUAUUAAUAAUCUAAGUAUCUAAAGAACGCUUCAUUGACUUAAAAAUUAUGAAUAUGAAAAUAGAAGAAUUAAACUUAAAAAAUGUCUUAUCCCCAUUAUACUAGAGUCAUUUAAAGAACAUGAUAUUUUAAGUUUUUAUUCAGUUUAUUUGACUAGCUAUGUAUUUACAUUUAUUUUAAAAAUUAGUCUAGUUGCCAUAAUUUUUAAACAAGCAUACAGUUAAUAUAUAGUGAGAGAAAACACUGAUCUAUUUACAUUCGUUUUUUUUUUUUUUUGUCUUUAAUCACAUUUGUAUCUUAGAAUACCAUUGAUGAAUGAAAACACUGUAAAUAUUUGAUUUAUAAUCGCUGGAUUUUUUGUUGAAUUAAUAUGAACUCUUCAAAUAUUUUUCAUACACUCGUUUCCCAUAGGUAUUUCCGUAAAAAUAUUAUUGUUAUUUUUCUUAAUUCAUAAUUUAUUUCUUUUAUAAUUGUUGUUUUGUUAUAAUUUAUUUUUACUCUCUCCACUUUUUCUCACUGUUAUAUAAAAUGAAAUAAAUCGAUUGUCAAAAGUUACUGAUUUAUUUUAUUUUAUAAUGUGUUUUUUUUAUUUUAUAUCUAUUGUUUCGAACAUUAUGCGGGUACAACGAAUGUGGUUAUAACUAUUUCCGAUUCGUUUGAUUGUUUGACUAAUCAAUAUAUCCGUUUUAGUACAAUUUCAUUUACCUCUUGUUUUUUUUUAUUCUUUUCUCAGUUUUAACUUGCCUGUGGAUAAUAGAUCAACUCAGUAGUAACACAAUACCUUUAAAUCUCUUGUGAACAGUAACACUGUUUCAUGUCUUUGAGCUCAUUUAGAUGGCAGAAUGCUACUUAUUAAUGGAUUACACAUUGAAGCAGAGAUGGACAAAUUUCUAUUUCUUUGAUUCUGAGACAUAAGGUCUCGAAUCUCAGUCAAAGUCACACCAAGAGUAUAUAACAAAUGUAAGACAAAUAUGUAAAGUUUCAAAGAUGACUGUAGUAGUCUGGUGCCUCGAAUUUGAGUCAUGCGUAGGCUCAGAUCGCACAUCCCUACACUGAAGCACAUUAUGUUUCGUUUUUAUUUGCAAGUAGAAGAUUAUAGGAUUAUCUUAUCCUUUCAUAUCAUACAGAAUUAGGCAUGCAUCAGUUACUGUUAACUGUUCGAACAGGAUUUUUUUCCAGAAAUGAGUGCGUUUUAGAAUGCUCACAUUUUUGUCACAAUAUAUUUUCAAAUUUUUUUACUUAUAUGCGAUUAUGAUCCAAACAUUCCUCUACGAAAUGAGACGUUCAGCGGCUCUAAACCGAUCUGUAACAUUUUUCAUGAAAGUCCUAACACCAGUUUUUAACUGAUGUAUGCCUAUACAGAAUGCGCUGUUUAAAAGACUUCUUUAAUCUAUUGAAUGGGAAACAUAUUGUUCACCGACAUUGCCAUAACCAAAUACAUACCUAUUAUCGCAGUGCCAGCAAACUGUGACCUGUUUUGUAUAAAAAAAUCUAGUGUUUUAUGUAUUAUUUCAGCUAUCAUAUACGGAAGUACACUGAUAAAUCGAAGAACCAUAUAAAGUUGCCCUGAAAGGAAUGAAAUCAACAUAUAGUGGAAUCGGUAUCCUUUUAAGAUUUUAACAUAGAAUGGUAGUCCUAACAUUCCUGUAUAGUUUCUACUAUCUUUUAAUUGAAUAAUAUUUCCUGCUAAAAAAAGAGCAGUCAUUGCAACUUUUAUCAUUCGGUUUUUGUAAACAGAAGAAAAAAAGGACCUCUGCGAACAAAUUUUGCUUUCAAAACGAUAGAGUUGAUCGACUUAAACAAGAGAACAUAUGAAUCUUUGAAUAAUAUCUCCUGGUUGUCUUGAAAAACAAGUCACUGCCAUGAUAAUAUUCAGAAUUUAGUCUCAGAAACUGAAUCGAACGAUACAUGUCUUUGUGUGUUUUCGCUAGUUUUUCUGAUUUUCAGAAAUUUCAUCGUAUCUGCAAGCUUUUUUGAUCUUUUCGUCAACGCACUUUAGUAGAGAUUUUCGAGCACUAUCGACUUCAUCAAGAAAUGUUUGUAGUAGAUGCUUUGCUGAUGACAAAAGAACGAACCGAGAGCGUACCAAAGCCUUUUUGGAUAGUAUUUGACCUUUUGUUGAAAACUUGUUGACGUUCCCGAUUUUCAAUUGACCUACUUUCGGAUGCCCCAGAAAAAGACAGUACAUCCAGAAAGCUUGAAAAAGGGACAUUCCCACAUUCAGCUACAAGACUCUGUACUUGAUUUUCCACUUUUACGUCUAAUUCUAGAGAAAACCGUUACGAAAAAUGACACAAAUUCUGAUCGAGAUAAAAAGACGUCGAUUGUUACUAGAAUACAAUUAUACUUUGCACCACAUUCAUUAAAAGAUAGUAGAAAUUAUACAGGAAUGAUAGGUCUAGCUUGAAAUCUUAAAAGAUACCGAUUUCACUAUAUGUUUCUCUCUAUAUGUUACUUGACUAUGUCCUCUAUCUGUUCCUAUCUGUUGAGCUAGAAUGAGAUAUAUGAUAUUCUGUACAGUUUUACUUGUCAAAAAUAAAUAUACGAGUUCAAAAAAUGAACGACUGUAUUUUGAAUAACAUUGUUGUAUAUAGACUACAAAGAUCUACACUAUAAUUCUAUCAUGCUUCUUUUACAGUCAAUAUUUUUCACUAUAUUUAAACAAAUUUUAUUCGACAUUUUAGGUACAGAAUGAGGCUUUUCCAAUGAGAAUUUAGUCUAUAACUAUUGACUACUGUUUGUUUCACAUGUGUCCAGUAAUAAAAAAAAAAAUUUUCAUGUUGUUUCAACUGCCGUGGGAAUCGAGCUAUAAUAUAUAUAUAUAUAUAUAUAUAUAUAUAUAUAUAUAUACCUAUUGUAUGUACUACGCUUCUAUCUGUAUAUACCUUUUAUCUAAAAAAAAGUCAUCAUUAUUCAACUGAAGGCAACAAAAGAGAAAAUUUAAUUUUUUUUUACUUGUAACAUUGUUUGAUUUUUAAUAAUACAACAAAACAUCUACAGGGAAAAUGUCUAAUUGAAUAUUAAACUAAUUAUUACAUAUCAAUCUUUAAAAUAUCAUGUUCAAAUAACAAUAGUUUUGAGAAAAAAAAUUUCCAUUCAUUUUAGUUUUUUUUAACAUAAUAGAGUUAUACUUUCAAACAAUAAUAACAUGUGAAUACACUAACAAAUAACUUCCGAAAUAACGGAAAGGAGUGUUUUGUUUUCUAAUGAGGAAAAAAAAGCUUUAAUUGCACAAGACACAACAUCUUUUCAUAAGAUUUUUCGAGAAGAUUCACAAUACAUCCAUUAUUUAAUAAGACAUUGUAAACUAUAAGUUACUGGGAAAAAUUCUAUAUAAAGAAUUAAACCAUGAGGUGAAUUCUUUAACAUUUCAAGAUGUUUACUGUGUUGAUAAAGUAAUAAAGUGUUGUUCACCAUAUUUAAGAUGUCAAAAUAAGGAGGAAAAACAAAUGUAAUCUCUAAAGAAAACAGGAUUGUUUUUUUUCUUCUUCUAUUAAACAAAACUCUUGUAAUUUGUUUGCCUAUGUCUCUAAACGAUUAAUGGUUUUCUUCUAUAAAAAGAAAAAAAAGAAAUUGAUUUGGUAAUUUUUAAUUUAAAUAAGGGGAAUUACAAAAUUUAAUUUUAAUAAUAAUUCUUCUUUGUGUUGUUUUUGUUAUUUAUGUCAAUCAAAUAGAGUGUAAUUGAAAAUAUAGCAGUGUUACUGGUUUUUGUCAUUUGACAGUUGUUGACCAAUUGAUGACUUUUGUAUUUAUUGAAUAAUAAUCAUAAUAAUAAUAAUAAUGGUUAAUUUAUUAUAUGUACAUGACAUAUAUAGAACUGAACAUAAAAUUUGAGAGAAUAGAUUAAGAAUUAGUAAGUUCUAUAUGAAAGAGUGAUAAAUUUUGUUACAUAAUAAUAAUUUCAAUGUGGCAUUACUUCUUUUUUUUUCUUUUUUUAAAUUCUAUAGAUCGUGUCAAAGUGAUUAAUGGUGCAUGUCCCGAUGAUACGACAGACAAUUCAAUAUAUUAUUUGCUAAAUGUUUUAAAUUGUACAGUACAAGAUAAAUUUAAAAUCAUUAGUAGUGGAGAAAGUUUGUCACUAGGAAAAAUUUCCGAUUUAACAGAAGAAAAUAAACAAUUAAAAGAGACAAAUGAUGAUUAUGAACCAAAAUCUAAAAAUGGUUUUAAUGCUGUUCAAUUAUCAAUUGAAUUACAAAAAAAAAUGCUCAAUUUGAAAGCAUCAUUUAUUGAUGCCAGUGGUCGAAAUGUUAAUUAUAUUCGUUUACGUAAAAGUCCAACGUAUAACGAUUAUUAUGAUAUUGAACAUGGAAUAUUAAGAGGCAAUAAACCCCAUUCAAAUUGUACGCAACGUCAUUUUACUUAUAAUGAUCCAAGAGCUAAAUAUUCAAUGAGAAAAUGUGAUCCAAGAAUACAUUUUGCAUUAAAUUAUGGGGCUAAGUCUGGUCCACAAAUUGCCAUUUACUCUUCAACAAAUCUUGAAAAAGCUUUGAACAUGGCUACAACAAGUUUUUGUAAUGCUGAAGUGGAUAUUGUGUUAGAUAAUCAAGAAAUUAAAAUGUCUAAAUUAUUUCUAUGGUAUCGUAGUGAUUUUGGACGAUCAGAAACAGAAGUGUUAAGAUGGAUAUCGAAGUAUAUCGAUGAACCAAAACAAUCAUUGUUAAAAACUCUGUUGGAUAAACAAGGUGCAAGACAAGGACUUCGAAUAUCUUAUAAAACAUACGAUUGGAUGUUAAAUAAUCACGAUGGAGAAGCACCGGUGGAUUCAACAGUAGUAGAUCAAAAUUCAAACUAG